UCGCCUGCUGCCGCUGGUGCAGGUCAAGCCUGACUUCGUGAUUCCAUAUGUGCUCUGCUGGAGGGUGCCAAGCGCGAUCCACCGCAUCCAGAUUAAUCCGUCAGUCGUCCAUCAUCAUCACCACCAGCAGCAACAGCAGCAGCAGCAACAUCAACAACCGCAGCAUCAACAACCGCAUCACUACCAACAGCAUCGUCAGCGUCGACGACACUUUGAAGGAGUGCCGCGGACACGUCCUGCGCCACCGCCUUCCACGGAACAUCGUUUUGCGUACGGCGCGCAGCGUGACAUCCUUGCGGGUUCUGGUAUGGAAACAAGAGUGGACCGUAUCGGGAACAGACAUGAUGACACGAGAUUUGGAGGAGGAUAAGAAUAAAUUAGAGAUGAUGAAGCAAUGUAAUGCUGUAUAUAAAAUAAGCUGUCUCGAUUGUGACGUUUCGUAUAGACCAGACGAAAAGGAAAAUCAAAACAAAGAUAAAGAAACAUAA